AUGGACAAGUUAAGAAAAGAGAUCUCAUGCAUUGUUCAAGGCGAUACAGAAACUCUAUACGAGUAUUGGGAGCAAUUUCGCAAGCUUUUUGAUGCAUGCCCCAAUCACAUGAUUGAUACUCAAGUAUUGCUUAGCUAUGUGUGUCAAGGCAUGAAACCCCAAGACAAGACUCUGUUGGAUAUCUCAAGCAACGGCUAUUUGUCAAAGUAUAGGACGGCGGAGGAGGCUUGGCAACUCAUUGCCGACUUGGCCGAGUCCACUCAACAUACUAGACGGAGAACCAACCAUCCGAAGACCGUGAAUGAAGUAUCCACUAGUAGUGAGACUGCCGAUCUUACCAAAUCCUUGGAAAAAGUUGAGGAGGAAAGUGAGGCACAAGAAGUGGUUGAAGAUCAAGUCCCUCAACCGAGAAGUGAAGUAUCCAAAGAUGAGAAGGCCUUGGAAGAAGAAGUUGCUCCACCAAUCCCAUUUCCGACAUUAGCAAGGAAGGCUAGGAAGCAUGUAGAACUUGACCCCAAGAUGGUAGAAAUGUUCAAGAAAGUUGAGGUAACUAUUCCUCCCUUUGAUGCCAUCCACCAAGUACCUAAAUAUGCAAAGUUUCUUAAGGAUUUAUGUAUGAACAAAGAUAGAAUCCAUGAGUUAGAAACUAUCCCAUUGGGGAGUUCUAUUUCCACUUUGAUGGGAGCAUUAUCCGAAAAGUGUGGUGACCCGGGCCCAUGCAUGGUUACUUGUACCGUAGGUGGAGUUCAAUUCAUUAAUUGUAUGUGUGACCUCGGUGCAUGUGUUAGCAUUAUGUCCCUUUCCGUUUACCGUACCUUGAAGCUACCGCCAUUGAAGCGGUCGGCGGCUAGAUUUGUUUUAGCGGAUAAGAGCAUAAUAACCGUGACGGGUAUUGUGGAAGAUGUAUUGAUGAAUAUAAAAAGUUUGGUAUUUCCAAUUGAUUUUUAUAUCCUUGAGAUGCCACCAAGUGAAUCCGAAAGGACAUCAUCCAUCCUACUUGGGAGGCCAUUUUUGAGGACCUCUAGAUUCAAAUUGGAUGUCUAUUCGGGAACUUACUCAUUUGAGAUAAAUGGGAAGGUUGUAAGUUUUAGCCUUGAUGAAGCGAUGAGGCACCCACUGGAGAACCACUCCAUAUUCUGGUGUGACUUAAUUGAUAACAUUGUGGCCGAAGUGCAUUAUGCGAAGCUAGAUGAGAAGAACAUGAUUGAAGAAAUAAGUGAAGACCCAAGUGAAGUGAAUACAUCACCCCAUCCAGAUCCUCCGGAAGUUCAAGUGUCAAGUCAAGACCAAAAGGUAGAAUUGAAGCCACUACCGCCCCAUCUAAAGUACUCAUACCUUAAUGAAGCCCACAAGUUCCCAGUGAUUGUCGCAAGAGAACUCAACCCUCAACAAGAAGAGAAGUUGCUACAUGUUUUGAGGAAGAACAAAAGGGGCAUAGGGUGGAGUUUGGUGGAUCUAGUGGGCAUAAGCCCAAAGUAUGCGAGCACCGAAUUUUCCUAG